GCAGUCUUUCCUUGCCUGUGUGCUCACACACACUUAGACACAGCCGUGAUGGAAUAAAAUAAGAGGCAAGGAGUGUUAUGUAGUGCAGCUAGGGAUGUUUGUUUGUCCGUGCAUGUGUGUGUGAGGAGGAGGAGGAUUGUGUGUCAGGACUGACAGCUGAAUGUAUGUCUGUUUGAAGUGAGGAGUCCAUUCGAGCUGAACAGGCUUCCAGGAUUUUUUGCUGGACGUGUUUUGCAGCAGUGCAUUCCAGAAAGAGGGAAACAGACAAAUUCUUUUGGCAUCAUUCCUGGAAAUGUGGAAUCUCCUUUUCAUAUAAGAUGUGAGGAUCAGUCUCUGAGCUCUUGAAAGGGAAUUUUUCCAAAUUAUUUCUGCACUGAACUCCACAUGAUGACUUUUGGAGGUAAUGCAGCAUAUUAGUGCAACUGCAACUCCAUGACAUACUAAAAAUAUUAUCAGAAAACAUGUGUGGAAAUCCAAAGCUUUAUGCAGAAUGAAGAGGACAUUAUAUCAGACAUUAUUAAAAGGAGGAUUUAAGCUGGAAAAAGUUCUAUCCUUUGUUCUUUCACAACCAACUGGUCCUCUGCCUUCCUGGCCCAGAGAUGAGUGUUUCAGAGCCCAGUGAGAGUUUGCCUGUUGGGGGGAAAGUUGGAUCCUGCAUGAGGCUCCCUCUUCACAGUGCAGGAGACCAAAAGGGGAACGCUUUCUCUGUUUCCCCUAUCUCCUCCUCCUCUUCCUCCUCCUUUCUGGAGGAGAUCUCUCCUCAGACUGUGCAGAGUUUGAGCAGCCUCAGUGGGGGUUGGACUGACAGUCCCCUGGACUAUGACAUGUUUGAGGUCAUCCUGACAAUGACAAAGAUGACCCAAAAGGACAAGACUACUGACGUAAUUUCGAAAUUGGUUCCAAAGGAAAAUAGUGAAGCUGAUGAUAAUAAUGACAUCUCAGUGGGAAAGGAAAAAACAGCACUAGAAGAAUCAAAUGCCAACUCUAUGUCUGUUUACCUGGAAGCCAACAGUGGCGAGUACUGUCAAGACACCUGGAACAAUAAUGACAACCUGACUCUGGCCCUGUCGCUUACAACAAACAACUGUAGUUGUGGUGAUAAUGAUGACCUCAGCAGUGGCAGUGAAAGAAGGCAUGACUGCUCAACUCUAGAUUCAGAUGCAACAGAAGCUCCUGAUGAUGAUGAAGAUGAAGAGGAGGCUUUGUUUCUGUCUGUGAGUUCUGACACCUGUGAACAGAGGAACAGCACGGCCCUCACAUGCUCAACAAGUCAGCUCAGCACUGGCCUCCUGAUCCCAGGUGGCUGUGCUCCAGUGACGGAGCUCCAGACAGAGGUCACCGUGUCUAUGGUUAUCGAUGACGGUGAGAGGCUAGAACUGGUGUUAGAAGAGCCUGUGGCCACCUGUCCUGUUGACCUACCAAUGGACAGCCAAACAGAACCUCCUACUACUGAGGACCGUAGUGAAAACAUCCAGAUAUCAACAUCUUAUCCGUCUACCAAUCCUACACAUGAUUCGAAGGAAGACACAUUUCCCGAAGACACUGAAAGUGCAGUGGGCUCCAAACCCACCCGCCCCAACACCAGUCAGGCUGCCAGAGCAACAAGGACCAAACCAACCCCUGCUCCCUGGACCACUGCCUCCACAGUCAUCAAACCAUCCAGUGUGGAGGCAAAGAGAGUUUCCAAACUAAAAACUGUGAAGGCUAAAGUCCGGUCAUGGCCCAUCCCAUCCCCACCUAAAACACCCAGCCAGCAGAAAAAUUCAGCUCCAGCUAAUGGAAGGAAAGCUGUUCCCAGGAGGGAGGAACCACAGACUGGGGUUAUGGGUAAUAGUCAAAGGUCAUCUGCAGAUCCAGUGUCUACAGUGCUGAAACCCAUCAACGGAAAGAGCAGUAACCUCAGAACCAUCCUUAAGACAGCAGCCAGUGACUCUGCUGAGCCAGAAAAGAAGAGCAGAGCUGUUAGUCAAAAGAUCUCUACUUCGUUCAGCUCUCUUGGGUCUGACGUGUUUGAGGAAGGACCUGUGGACAUUCCCAGGAAGGUUGUCCAGGAAGUGCCUGAUCAACAGGGAACAGCUGAGAGUGUGAAGACAUAUCUAAGUGAGGAUGCUGGUGAGGAUUCUGUGGAUGACCCAACAGAGGUUACAGAGGAGGUCAUAAUGACAGAGGCUGUGGAGAAACCAAGGAUUCAAAGCAGGAAAGUCUCCUCCAAACUGGUGCCCAAUGCCAGGCUGCAGGGGAAAGGCCCUAGGCUGGAUAAGGCCUCUGGACCAGCUCUACCUCCAGGCUCAGGGACUGGACCUCCAGGACGGGGGAGCACCGGGCCCAAGCAAGCCCAGUUUGACGGCUCUAUGUUAGAAGAAGCUCGGCAGAGCAGUGGGGGUGGAUCUCCAACAAAAGUGAGGCAGACCCAAAGUCAGAGCCAGGGUAUUCCCAAACCUCGCAGCACCGCAGAACAAGCAUCUGCAUUGACUGCAGGGAGUCCAGCAAGCCCAUUCUUCAAACCAACAGCCCAUCAGCAGCCAGCACUGGGGUCGGCUGGACGACCUGUUGUACCCACAUUGUCAAAACUACCUGUUAAGGGAUUACCCACAAGCCUGAGUUCUCUGUCACUGGGAAGCAACGAAAACAAUGGAGCCACAAGCAAAGCUUCUCCAGCACCAACAGGGACAAGGCCAGAUGAGCAGCCCAGUAGAAGCAUGUGUCCCAUGGGCAGCCAGAGUGUUGCAAAGCCCCCCAGCUCCAGCACAACAGCAACCCAAGGCACCUGUACUCCCAGUGACACAGUCAUCAGUGCUAACACUGCUGCUCCAAAGGCUCCUGUCAUUAGGACCAGAACACUGUCUCUGCAGGCAAGGACCAUGGCUACAGGUCUGAAGGCACCAGCAGCCACUAACAGCAACACAGGCAAGACGACAGCUGCCAGUCAGACAGCAGCAAAGGCUGCUCCCUCUGCGAAUCAGGGCUUGACGAAACAGGACUCCCAGUAUCCCUUGCAAAGAAGUGGCCUAGCAAGACUGAGUCGGCUGAACAGUAUAGUGGACAAAAACAAACCCCGGGAGGCUCCAGCGAGGCCCACAAACACCAACAGCAGCUCGCAGGCAGCAGCGCCAGCCAAAGUAAACAGCCAGAACCAGCUGCAGCCUCCACCUGAACUGGUACCAAACUUGGUGAAUACAAAUUUGCCAGUAACGGCUGUCCUCCCAAUGCUUGUCACUGAAGUCAAAAGGCUUGGAUUCAAAGCGAGAACCGGGUCUCGGUCCAGCCCCAAAACUGGAUGCCGCAUACAGAAUGCAUCCAAACCUGGUGUGGCCCGGGUGGCUGCGGCGGAGGGAACGGCGAUUACAGCUAAACAAAACCAGAGCAAACAGCAGGCAGAGAAGAGGAACCAGGCCAUCAACCAGCUGAGGAAGCUUCUUGUCCAGGGGAAUAAGAGAGUAGAAGCUCUGGCUACAGUCAUCCAACAUCUCUUCACCGAGUGUGAAGAGGCCUUGAAGCAGAAGAAGGAGCUAUCACUGGAGCUGGCAAAGCUCCGAGAUGAGCUGGUCACAUCAUCACAGUGCUGUGAACGUCUGGAGAAUGAGAGGGAGGAGUUGCGCCUCUGCUUGGAAGAGGCUUUGAAAAGGCUAGAGGAGCAGCACAAGGAGGAGCUGGCGCAGCUGGAAGACAGACUGAGAAGUUUUUACCAAACAGAGUGGGACAAUGUCCACCAGACGUACCAGGAGGAAGCUGACAAGUGCCGCAUGUUGAUGAAGCAGCAGGUCGAGGAGCUGAGGAGCCAGCAGGAAACAGAGAGGAAGAACCUGGAAGUGAGUCAAAGCCAGAGGAUGGAGUCUGUCAAAAAGCAGUAUGACACCUCAAUACAAGAGUUGAAGAGGAUCCAGCUGACAGAUCUGGAGAACCUGGAGAAAACACUGACACAGACUGAAACUUCUCUCUCUGAGAAAAUAUCUGAGCUGUCGGCUGAGAAGGAGGCUCUGAAUGAGAAGCUUCAGGCAGAGGAGGAGAGGAGGAGGCGAAUACUCACAGACAAGAAUCUGAAGGACUCACACACACUGUACCUGGAGCAGGAGCUUGAAAGUCUGAAGGUGGUACUGGAGAUCAAGAACAACCAGCUGCACCAGAAGGAGAAGAAGCUCAUUGAGAUGGACAAACUGCUGGAGACUAAUGUGAAACUGGAGGAGUGCCUGAAGAAGGUUCAGCAAGAGAACGAGGACUACAAGGCCAGAAAUGACAAACAUGCUGCUCUCUCCAAGCAGCUGUCCAAUGAACAGGCCGUACUCCAGCAGACGUUGCAGAAAGAGUCCAAGGUCAACAAGCGUCUGUCCAUGGAGAAAGAGGAGCUGCUGUGGAAGUUGCACAAUGGCGACCUGCUGGCAAGUCCCCGCCGCGUCUCACCCACCUCUUCCUCCAACUCACCGAGGAACUCUGCCUCCUUCCCCACGACUACACCAUUAUCGCCUAGAUAGCCCCAUAGCAAACAGCGACCCCCCUUCUCUUGUUUGGCCCCCUAUCACCUUUUUAAGCCUUGGAAGGAUGGAAGAGAAACUCAACAGUGUUGUUGGAUAUUAAUCACCUAGUUAAGUUGUACAUUUUAAAUGAAUUACAUUCAAAGAUGCUUAUUUUGUAAGCAAGAAGACUGCAGUGGAACUGAUGCACUUGAGUCUGAGCAGGGGACUGGCCUUGCUCUCUAUCAGUCUCGACCAAACGCCUGGUUCAUCAACAAAUCUUUCUGAAAAAAGAUAGAUAGAUAUCAGGCAAACCUCAGGGUCUGUAAAUAGCGCCUCACUCUCGUUACGACUAUCCGUACCUUUUUGUUGUCUUUCCAGUGUUGUACAGCUCAUCCUGUUCUUUUAUACUCCUUCUGUUUGAGAGAUGGUUGGGGGAAAAAAUCGUAUGUAUGUAUGUAGUUUUGUGGAAAAGGUCUCAAAGUUGUCUGGGUUUGGCCAAUCAGAAAUUAACAGGUACUUCUUGGUGGAUUUGGAUGGACACUUUAGUCAUUUUCCCCACAUUUAAAGAGUUUUUCCCUCCGCCAAAGAGUGUAGCUCAAUCACUGACAGCUCUGGACCUCUAGACGAAGUGGAUGAACUUGUCCUGGUACUUGUCCUUCUGUGGGCAAACCGGAGGAAGGGACCUCAUUGAACCUUUGAAUGAAUGUCUCUCCAUGUAAGCUUUUCACAACCUCUAACUUAAGCUACUAUGUGGAAUGUAUUCACCCUUGGAUGUUAAGUCUGAGCAGGCCAGUUCAGACACACAUACAGUCUCAGAGCCAAAUAUGCAGUUUGUUUAAUAAGAAGGGUAUCAACCCCCCAUUUACUCUUUCCCUUGAACCUCUCUCUGACAAAGGGAUAAAGCAGAUCAAACACCUAAAACAACCAUGUGCCCAAAAUAGAAACAAGGCAAAGCCUAACUACUGACUGAUCAGUUAGUAUCUCUCUCACCAUAAAACCCCCUCCAGGGAUCAUUUCCACAGUGAAAACUCCCAGACAUUCCUUAGCUGACUGACACUGGCUUCUGUUUAACAACAAUUUAAAAAGAAAUGUCCCUUUGUUUUGUUGUUUGUUUGUUACCAAAAUGCCUCAGUGGAAUAUGUUAUAUUGUACUUUGUACACAGAAUAAAUACAAUAUGAGUUAAAAA